UACAUGAAAGUGGGACGAUCCAGUCAAGUUCUCACUUCAUUCAAGGUUCAUUCAGUUCAGACUGGAAGCUCGUGGUUGAUCGAAUCCCUCCACCCCACUGAAUGAAAACAAACGCAGAUGUCAAGGAAUAUCUAAGCACUGCUUAACCUCCAGAAAUAUGAACGCGGAAGGUGUUUCCAAGCGCACGCACAAAACGUGAGGAGGCGCGAUGGAUGCAAAGGACAGAGAGCGGCAGCGGACACGGAACGCUUGCAAAAGAACCGAAAGCGCCAGCGUCCUGCGCUCGCUCAAAGUCGACAACGAUAAUGAGACAAUGGCAGGCGACUCGGACCUGGUUAAACGCGGCAGUCUCGAACAGCGGCUAAUCGCGCCGAGGUACAGCUUGCUCCGUGAAGUUGGCAGGGGCAGUUACGGCGUUGUGUACGAAGCCUUUGCCCGCAAAUCAGGUGCGAGGGUGGCGGUGAAGAAGCUGCGCUGCGACGCGCCGGAGAACGUGGAGCUGGCCCUGGCGGAGUUUUGGGCUUUGACCAGUCUGGAGAAACGCCACGAGAACGUGGUGCAGCUGGAGGAGUGCGUGCUCCAAAGGAACGGGAUGGCCCAGAAAAUGAGCCACGGCAACAAGCGCUCGAAGCAGUAUUUGAGGUUGGUCGAGACCUCGUUGAAAGGUGAGCGUGUAUUGUCGUGUCCUGAUGAGCCCUGCUACCUGUGGUUUGUGAUGGAGUUUUGUGAGGGAGGGGAUCUGAAUCAGUUUAUCCUGUCACGGCGGCCCGAUCCCCGAACCAACUCCAGCUUCAUGAUGCAGCUGAGUAGCGCCGUGGCGUUCCUGCACGAAAAUAACAUUGUUCACAGAGACCUUAAACCGGAUAAUAUCCUCAUCUCGGAGCGUUCUGGUGCACCUGUGUUGAAAGUGGCAGAUUUUGGACUGAGCAAAGUGUGUGCCGGCCUGAGCGCAGGAGUACGAGACUCAGAGGAGGGACGAGACAAAAACAAGAACAGCGUUAACAUCAACAAGUUCUGGCUCUCAUCUGCGUGCGGGUCGGAUUUUUACAUGGCACCGGAGGUUUGGGAAGGACAUUACACAGCCAAAGCAGACAUUUUCGCUCUAGGCAUUAUCAUCUGGGCCAUGAUAGAGAGAAUCACAUUCAUUGACGCCGAGUCGAAACGGGAGCUACUCGGGACGUAUGUGCGGCAGGGUUCUGACAUCGUCCCGGUUGGAGAGGCUCUUUUGGAGAACCCAAAGAUGGUGUUGAGUAUUCCCCAGCGCAGGCGCUCGCACAUGCCCGAGGCACUCCGGAAACUUUUGCAGGACAUGCUGGCCGUCAAUCCUCAAGACCGACCAGACGCACUAGAACUGCACAGCAGGAUGGGACAGGUCACUUGCGCAGCGUGAACCCUGACCUGAAUGCACACACAGGUAUUCCCUUUCCACAACGGACCAGAAGGGACCGCGUUGCUUGGAAAACUGUGAAUCUUCCGUUGCUGAUUUAAUGUGAAGAGUACAAAGUACUCAACUCGAACACCAAUACAAAGUUUGCCACAGAUAGAUUUUCAACUGACCGUUCACUUUUUCUUUUUUUUUUUUUUUUUGUUUACAGCAGUAAUUUUAAACGAAUCACUCAUUAAGCCCAGAAAUGUUCAGCCUAAAUCAAUCAUUGGUUGUGUCACUAAGAGUGAAGUAAAGCUAGAACAAUGUUACGAUGCAGUGAGUACAAUCAAGCUAAAACAAGCGAGCUCUUUAUUAGUCUUACCGAGGGACUGGGACUUUAAAAUUCUGUUCUCAGAGCCUCUCUGCUUGCUCAUCUUCUCAAAACGAUUGCUUGCCAUAAAAAAAAAACAGACAAAGAGAAGUAUUUCGGUUAAUUUUCUCCAGUUUCAUGUUUUAGUAAGCAAGCAGUUUACUUAUUUUUUUAAAUAUAUUUUUUUAAAAUGCAAACACGACACGAUGCAAGAUACUUGAUUACAUUUUGAGCUCAUCACGUGUCACAAACGGUGUCAUUGCAUAGUCUUACGUUUGGGUCUUGCUCGAGUUAAACUUACAACUCUGCGGAACUUGAUCAUCUUCAUCAGACACAAAGACCAACUUUUAGAACUUAAUUUUCAUUUGCUAUUGAAAUGCUCAUGAUCUUAAGCCUAAACCUAAUAUUGAGAUAUUUUUUCUCCUUGAAUGCAGAUUUAUCCUGGUGCCUUGAAGUCUAGUGAUAUUAGUGAGAUUUCUUGUAGGUUCUUUUGUUUUACAGCUUUAUCUUUUAAACAUGCAGUACGUUUUGCGAGCUUUUAAUAUUUAAACACUUUACUUAUUAGGCAUGUGCAGUUCAACCAUUUAGGUGCUUGCUUUUACUUUGUGUGAGAUUUUUUUUUUUAUUUUACAUUUUUCUUGCCAAAAAAUGAUUAAUUCUGGUACCCCAUUGAAAAUGCUGCUGUCACAGCGUGAACAACUUUUCUGCACGAACACACACAUUUUCACCGUUAUGUUGGGAUCUGGUAGAUUAAAAUAUGGAUUUGAUUAUGAUUUAAGGGAGCAGUUAUAGACUCUGUGAGUGUUAUUUGUGUUUUAUAUAAGAAAUACUACUUAUGCAUUUCCAGUAUAGAAGAGGGAUUUUUUUGGGUUGAUUUAUCAAAAUUCAAUAUUUCUUUUUUGUUAACCGACUACUACAGACUAUGACUAAACAGGAUGGGAUCUCAACAGCGUACCAUUGCUCUUUCAUCUGUAUCCUGAAAGCUUCAUAGAGAAGAAAUCGGUGUGUUUGACUUCCAGGUGUGGUUUAGCCUGACCGUUUGUGUGUGCUAUAGUUCUACCUCAGCACUCUUGUGUUUUUAGUAACUAAUUCACUAAAUUAACUAGCAGUGCUUUCUGUUUCUUGGUGAGGCUAGUAAUUAAUGUUUUUCAGAUGGAAUUAUUUAUUGAUAAUUUUUAGGUUUUUUUUUUUGUUUUGAAUAAUUAAUCUAUAGUGUCAAACCUUUUUAGUACUACUUUUAUUCCCUUUUCUCUGUUUCUGACUGCCGUGGAAGAAACUUGAGGGUUUGUGAGAUCAAGAUCUUUUUUUUAAGAUUAAAUCAGCCUCAGGUUCAAGGUAUUUUGAUAU